GAAGAAAAAAGGGGGAGUAGAGAAUGUGUUAGAGAAGAGUAAGAGUGAGUUAGUUAGAGUGAAAGAGGGAGAGAGAGAGAGAGAGAGAGAGAGAGAGAGAAAGAGAGAGGGAGAGAUUUUUGAGGUGCAUCACAUGUGUAAAAUAGCUUUACACAGAAUAGCACAGCGAUGAACACGACGGAAGAAUACCAAAGACAUGCCAGCUACAGCUUUAACUACAGCCAUGACAAUGACACAUCAGGAAAUGGCACUGUUGGAGGUUUCCAGUCUCCCUUCUCUCCAGUCAUGGACAAAGCCAUGAACGGCAUCACAAUAAUCAUCCUCUUUAUCACUAUGAUUUCUCUGGGCUGCACCAUGGAAAUAGAUAAGAUCAAGCAGCACAUUGUCAGGCCGAGUGGAGUGGGCAUUGCGGUGUUGGCUCAGUUUGGAAUAAUGCCUCUCACAGCCUUCUGUCUGGCAAAGCUCUUCCAGCUGGGGCCCAUUGAGGCCAUCACCGUACUCAUCUGUGGAUGUUGUCCUGGAGGAAAUCUCUCUAACAUUUUUGCUUUAGCGCUCCGAGGCGACAUGAACUUAAGUAUUGUGAUGACCACAUGCUCUACAGUUUUGGCACUGGGUGCAAUGCCCCUUCUCCUGUAUCUGUACUGCCAGGGGUUCUCUGGUCUGGAGAAGGCAGUUCCCUUCACUGGGAUAAUCAUUGCGCUCCUCAUGACCCUAGUGCCCUGCGCUGUAGGAAUCGCCAUCAACCACUGGGCACCACGAUACUCUCAAAUCGUGAUUAAGGCUGGUCUUAGCAUCUUGCUAAUAGCCACUGUGGCGAUUGGUGUGAUGUGCAGCAUCGCCUUAGGAGCAACAGUAUGGAUUGUGCUCUCUCCUCAAAUACUGGCUGUGGCUUUUCUCAUGCCUUUCAUAGGCUACCUGUUAGGCUACACCAUGUCCAUCAUCUUCAAGCAGAAUGGCCCGUGCAGGAGGACGAUCGCUAUGGAGACCGGCUGUCAAAACAUCCAGCUGUGCUCAACGAUUUUAAAAGUGGCUUUCCCUCCAGAGGUUAUUGGACCCCUGUUUCUCUUCCCACUGAUUUAUAUCGUAUUUCAGGGUGCUGAAGCUCUAUUCCUCAUCUUCCUCUUCAGAAUGUACCAUAGGUUUAACCCCUCAUCUGAAAGUGAGACAUCUGGCCAGUUGGUUAAAGAUCCCAUAAAGAAAGCUGAAUAUGUGACAGUGGACAACACAGUGGAGGUGGUGAAAGUUUCUUCAUCUGGAAUGCAUGAAUGAACUGGACAAAAAUCAAGCACCAAGAUGAUCGACAGGAUGAAGGGCAAAUGUGUGAACUACUGGUUACCUUCAAGAGCAGAAUGACCCGAUUAGACAUUGGAAGGAAUUGUAUAAUUUAAAAAAUUAUAAUAAUAAUAAUAAUAACUGCCCAGUUCUGGAACAAGAUUCUUUAGACAGAUGAAAUCAAGAUUAACAUGUGAGCUGAAUGAUAAGAAGAGAAAAGUAUGGUGAAGGAAAGGAAGGGCUCAUGAUCCAAAGCAUACCACAUCAUCUGCCAAACAUGGUGGAGGCAGUGCUAUGGGAAUAUUUAGCUGCCAGUAUGAUUGGCUCGCUGGUGUUUUAUUGAUGAUGUGACUGCUGAUGUGUGUGAAGUGUCUAGAGCUGCUAUACCUACUGCUCGGAUUCAGUCAAACAAAAAAAUCUUACCGCACUUCACAGUACAGAUGGAUAAUAACCCAAAACAUACCACAAAAGUAAUCCAAUAGCUUCUUAAAGCAAAUAAAUGGACUUCAGACCUGAAACGUCACCUGACCCGAGCACGCUGAUAACUGAAGACUAAACCACAGGCUCAAAGACUCACAAACAAGCAGCAACUGAAGACGGCUGCAUUAAAGGUACAGCAAAGGGAGAAAACUCAACAUUUAGUGAAAUCGAUGGGUUCCCUGACUUCUGAGAAUCCAUGACUACAGAGGAUUUGCAUCCAAGUAUUAAAAAUAAUCCUUAUAUUUAUAACCAAGUUAGUUUGUCCAUUUACAUUUGAAACUGUGAAAAUAGAGGAACUAUGUAAAAAAAAAAAAAAAUGGCUGUAAUGCCUAAACAUUUCGUGUGAAAUGUUUGGUGACCCUUUGAAUUAAAGCUGAAAGGCUACACUACACUACACUUCAA